AUGACCUCUCCCCGGACUCGGCCACGUCUCACAACGAGGAGCCGCCGGCAUAUUCGCAUGCACCUCCAGCAGCCCAGGUUCCUGGAUGAGGAUACAGUACGACGCUUCAUCGCUCGCCAUAUGACCCUUAUCAUCGUCGUCACUCUACCAUGGCUUUCAGCCGUAUGCGCGAGUGCGGCCGUCAUCUAUGUGCAGAAUCAAAAGACGGCCAACAGCCUGCGAAUGCGCCAAGUCACGAAUCUGGCAGACCGUCGAUGGUUGGAUAUUACCCUGUACAAGGCGCUUGUCUCGGGAGGAUGGAAGAGGCAUGGCAGUCCAUUUUUGGUUCUUGCCAUCAUUCUUCAUCUGAUUGCCGGCUUGACAUAUCCCAUCCAGUCAAUCUUCCUCGAAACAAAGACGAUCCGUGUCCCCGAGACCAUGAACAGGGUGGCUACCAUAGCCGAUCUUCCCUUCCUUACAUACCCUGGCACAGCUACUUCACUCCUAGGCAAUGACAUCUUGACGGCUCGCAGAGCUCUCAGCGACGCGGACUCCAUCACCUUUCAGCCGUUUUUGUGGCAAAACACGUCUGGUAUACAAUUACAUACCCUGGAUGACAUUCUAUCCUUGAACGACUCGUUCUAUGCUCAGCUCCCGACUGGAUUCAACACGGGCGUACUGCGACAGUUUGCGCCUCGCGUGAACUCCACCGCCACGUACGAGAGUAUGACUGCCAGUCAAUUUCCGUCGAACUGCGACAGUGUCCCUGGGUCUUUUUAUUCCAAGUACUAUUCCGAGUACACAGGAUACGCACGCCCUGAAAGCUGGGGAGUCACUGCCUGCAUGCCUGCCAACCUGACCAAAUCACCAUGGCAGAAGACGCGAGAUCGUCAGGAGUUCUCUGAAACGCUUUAUUUGAAUUUCACCAGCACACAGGGUUACUCCAGCGACACGCCGACUGGUGGCAAGCUGUACCGAAUCACGGUCAACACCACCGCCGGAUACUUCGAGUUGCCGAACUACAUGAAUGAGGGCCUGCCCGGCCCACUACUGGAGAAGGACCCCCUUAGCCUCUGCGGCGCAGACUGUCGCUAUCAGACCGUUGAUAUGAGCACCGACCGGGUCCGUCGCGAUAACAUUACCACCACAGACACCCUCGACGCAGCGUCCUGGGACCCCAUCUCAACAGUCAACAAAGGGCCCCUUCUCACGACGGAACUCGCAAUGUUUGGUCCAGGUUCAUUCCUAGAUACAUUCGCUGCAAAACUCUCGGCCAUCAAGGCCAGCGUCAACACAGCCAACUUCACAGGCGAUAUCUGUCUCGACGUCCCUCCACUUCUCAACCUGAUCCUAAAUGAGUCCUACGGCCUCCUUCCCCGACGAUACUGCCUAGAUGCUCCCGUGGGGAUUCGCUACGAGGGCAACAAUGCCGACAGCCUCAUCCAGCAAUGGCUCGGCUACUUCCUCAAAGGCGAGGACCGAUUCCCCCUGGUCUUUACAGCGGCAGCCUUCCUAUCCAACAAGCAAAUGCUCGAGUCCGUGUCUGGUCAGUGGUGGAUAUACCAGGAUCUGGGAGCCGAGAUGGAUAUUCCCACCAUCUCUCUCGCAGGGAUAAUCGUCGGCUCGGUCCUGAUGGCCCUAUACAUCAUCCCGCUGGUGGGACUCUCAUUCUACGCGGAUUGGUAUCCACGGUGGACGGAACGGUUAGACUCCUUCGCGAUGCUGCGCUUCGGGGCCGCGAUUGGCGAUAAACUGCUCCCUCUGCGGGUGGCCCGGACAGUGGAUCAGAUUCCGGUAUUGGAUGAAAUCCCAGGUGUUGUGAGGGAUGUGUCUAUUCCGGAUGGAGAUGAGGUUCUCCCGAUGGGCACUCUGGGGCUUGGGGAUGGACGGCCGUUGCAGAGAUAUCGUCGGUAUGAGGCUUUUAAGGAGAGUGACGAGCCUUUGACGCAGGUAGAGCACAGAACGCUGCGGUUGGAAUUAAUGAUGUUCCGAUAG